AUGGCAGGUAGCGGUGUGAGUUUUUUCAACAGAAGCGUUCCAUCAAUCGCUAUUCACAGCCUUUUUGACAAAUACGACACAAAAAGAAAUGGUAAACUUGGCGAGAACGAAAUGAAAUCUUUUCUUGAAGAAGCAUUGGGCCUUGACUUUGAGCAGGCUCAAAUCUACUUCUUUCUCGUCGACAAAGAUGGAGACCAGGGGAUCUCUUACAGUGAAUUCAAAGAAUGGCUGAGAAGCGAGGAAAAAUUCCAGCGAUUAAACGACAGUUCCAAAUUCGACCGACUCUGCACAGCUUUCGAGCAUUUUAAAGAUUUCGAUACCGACAACACAGGAACUUUGGAUAGAAUGCAGUUCGAGUCGCUUAUGAAAUUUCUGGGAUAUCCAGGACAAGACAUGGAUAAAGUUUUCGCAGCUAUGGACAGGCUCAAUGAUGGCAAAAUUUCUUUUUGGGAAUUCAUGAUAUGGCUGGACUGGUCUCCAAUUGCUUAAUGAAGACUACAUGAACAAACUCCUCUCUGUACGACACAGGAGAAUGUAGAAGAGAAACUCUCUUUACAGGACAGAUGCAAGCAGACCAUACUAUUUUUUUGGUCGUUUUCUCAGAAACUGAACAACAUCUGAUACGAUAUAAAACCUUGAAGUUAUUCACGAGCAAUGACUGAGAGAUUACAUAUAACGACAUAAAUCUUAACAAUAUACAAAAAGAAAAGAGAUAAAGAUAUAUAUUAUACCGCUCUACCCCGAAAUUUUACCAAGCGCUUGUUUUCAAAUUGUGAGGCAAAGGUGUAUAUUUAUUUAUAUUUAUCUGUGAUGUAGAGGGAAAAUUCUGAAGUAUUAUAUAAUAUUUAUUACAUAUAUAUUUCAGUGAACUUUGCUUCGUCGCACGCAAAAUAAAUUGACGUUUACGAUUUUUCAUGUGACUAAUUAUUUCGUAAUUAAUUUAAUGUUACGGUCCACUUCAGUCUUUGAAGGACUGUAUAGUUAAUUUUACGUCAACAUGUGUCAUCUCUCCACUCUUUAUCAAUGACCAUUUAUAAUAAUGUCGAACUACGAAAACAAACCAGAAUUAAUUUCUCUGGAAUGCUGUAGCCACGCGAGAGAAAAACAAUCAAAGGUGGGAUAAAUAAACCGCAAUGAGAAAACGGUAGUUUGCGGUUCUUUCUAGAGAUCAUGCAAUCUGACACGUGCAAGCUAGCGGACGGAAACUUUAAUGAGUAAUACACAAGGCAUUGUGGGAAGAAGCCGGGUUCUAAGACUAAGGACUUCUGGGUAAAAUCUCCAAAUUUGGCACUCUUACGUCGUCUAAGGGCCUGUUUACAUGGAGUGGGGGACCCCGGUCUAGUGGGGUAAGUUUCUUUUUGUUUUCACGCUCUGGGGGACACAAAACAAAAGAAACUUACCCCUCUAGACCGGGGUCCCCCACUCCAUGUAAACAGGAUCUUAGUCUAUGGGCGCUUUCCAUUUAGUCAAAAUUUCCGGAAUUUCCGGUUCGGCGGUAAAUGGAACACGUUUCGUCGGUUCGUCCCACUGAAAAAUUCCCAGAAAAAGUGGAAAAUCUAAAAAGGUGGUCCCGUUUUCCCGGUUGGAAUUUCCGAACGGAAUGUCGUGUUCCAUUUACGUUUCUCGUAGUUUGUACCAGUUCCAGGUCGGGCACCGCCACGUAACGGGGUUGACGACCAAAUGAAACAACUUUUUACCAAUAGGAAAUUCCACUUUUGCUACCACCGAAAUUUCCAGGUUUUUUUCCUAAAUGGAAAGCGCCCUAUGUUUACACUACACUGGAUAGGGCUUCUAUGAUUCACACUGAAGAACGGUUGUGGCGGCGCGAUUUCUAUGACGGAGCCAAACGGUCGAUUAAGUAACAUCGACUGAAGGUUUUCACACUACGGAUAGAGUAGUAACAGAGUAUGUGUUUCAUACUCGCCUACGGGUUUAGGAAAAACGGUCGAUAGAUCCUCUCUUGCCCCUCCGCGUUUUAACGACGAGUGCGUGGAGCUAUUCUGUUCGGGAUUACCCGCUUCUCUGCGUACUAACGGGCCAGAGACGUAGUGACUUCAUAAAAAUCUCACGAUUUAUGAUGUUGUCGAAGCGAUGUUUGUAUUAUAAGGACAGGUUUGGAUCACUAACUGUGUGAACAGAAAGAAAGAUAGAAAUUACACAACUCUAGAACUAGAAAACACCUACAUGAUUACAUAAACAAAAAGGUGACGAUCGAUAAACAUAGUCAUUGCGAGAUGAAUUGACAGCUAAAAAAGAGAAGGCUGAUUGGGUUACAUUUGCUCACUGGGACCAAUGAAAACCAAGGUCAGAAAGGACUUGAAGUAUAUCUACCAAUUCUGAAAAGGCUUAAAAUAUCCGCCACGCCGACCAUACAGCUCGAAAACGCUCAAAAGAGCUGUAUCACGAAUUUUAUUAAAUUUAACAGCAGGAACUCCCACCAAACUGAAUGAAACAUAUGAAAUAAUCGCUUCAAAUAUAAAUUAAAAAAGGCCUAUAAAACAGUGUUAUAAAUAACAGAGCAAAUAUAAAAGAAGGCAUGGAUGGGCAAAUUUCAAGAGGAUUAUAACGGAUUGAAAUUGUGGGUUUUUUCUGUAAAGACUCGUUAAACCUAACAGUGGUCUAAAGUUCAUUUUGUUGUUUGUAAGGUUCCUCCUGGUUCGAUAUAAUGCUUGGGAAGUAAAUUGGCAUUAUUAACCCUAUAAAACCCUGAUAUCAAAAUUUACACUCUCAUUUCUCCUCUCUAUACAUUCCUAUACAAGUAGUGGGGAGACGUUGUUAGAGUAUCAAUUAAAUUCAUCUUGUGUGAUCAUGAAUCCCUUAAUUCUUCUGUCCAUCAUGUUUUAUGGAGCAAAGAUGUUACAAGGAGAAAAUUGAAGCUGAUCACACUUAGGGCUUAAAGGGUUAACAUUAUGAACAAGACGCCGUGACAAGGCAGCCCCUUUAAAGGGGCUGUGUCACGGCAGUCCAGUUCAUUUUGUUUAAUUUUGCCCAUUACUCGCCCUCAAUCGCUAUGGAACUUAAAGUCACCAAAGAAAUUACAUGUAAAUUACAAAAUCAGAGAUCCGAGACAAACAAAUAUGUCUCCUGAGCAUUAUUUUUGUAGUUGCAAGGCGAGAACUGUUAGGCUGAACAGUUUUCAAAAACCCUAAUUUCAAUCCGUUUCAAUCUUCUUCAGUUUUGCCCAUCCGUGGUAUAUUUAAGUUUUAAGCGUUUACUUUUAUGUUUCUCCAGAAGCUGGUUUCUCUUAAUUUAACGGGCAUUUUGUAAUUUCCUAAUUUGGCUGAAUUUCGUGACACAGUUCCUUUAAAGUAAACCUUUUACUUGCCAAUAGUGACAAAAACCAAUUUUCUCCUAACAAUAUCCAUAGAAUACAUAGAUUGUCAAGAGACGAGGUAAUGAGAGUUAAUUAAAUGAUCACCAAAGUGAAAAUGCCAUGAUAUUUUAUUAAAUUCUCUCAACUCAUUCUUUAAGGAAAUAUAUAGAGAUCGGUUUGGAGAAUUUGUACGUGGAUAUUGGGACUUAACGGGUUAAAAAACAUGUGCGGCCUCAUCAAAACUUCGAAACGACCCUUAUUAUAAAAACAGUGCAUUUAAAUAUUACGGUGGCCCACAACUGUCACGGCAAAACCAAAAACCUCACGGAAAAAACAAAAACCUCACGGCAAAACCAAAAACCUCACGGCAAAACCAAAAACCUCACGGCAAAACCAAAAACCUCACGGUAAAAACAAAAUACCUCACGGCAAAACCGAAAACCUCACGGCAAAAACAAAAGACAGUGACAGUUGUGGGCCACCAUAAAAUACAGUCGACUCCCGAUAACUCGAACCUUCAAGGGAAAUCGAGAAAAGUUCGAGUUAUCGGGAGUUCGAGUUAUCGCGAGUUUGAAGAAAAUAACCGGAAGUAAGGAAAUAAGCAAAUGGAUGGGGGGAAAGGCAAUUGAGCAACAAAGUACACGGGAAUGGACACUGAAUUUGAACUGGAGUGACAAACAAGUAAAGACAAAGAAUUUACUCGGUUGUUUUGAAAUAAAUUCAAUGUUUCGGACUUCAGUACACGGUUUUUUCCCCGAGUUGUCAUGCGCUUAAAACAUGGUUCGAGUUGUUGGGGGUAAAAUUGUAUAGAAAUGAGCUAAAGGGAAACAAAAAUUACUUCGAGUUAGCGGAAGGUUCGAGUUAUCGAGGGUAAAAUUACAGUAACUGUAAGAAGGAAAACCAGGGGAAAUCGACUUUGGUUCGAGUUAGCGCGAGGUUCGAGUUGUUGGGAGUUGACCAACUGUAAUCACUCUUUUAGCUCUUCGGAGACAAUGCAUGCUGCAUACAGGACAAAGUGGCCAAGAGAAAACGAAUUAGUCAAAUUAUUUGCUUAGUCAUGGCUCAUCCUUGUCCUUCCCCGUAAAUUUUGGCACGUCCCUCUAAUCUGAAGGCUGAGACAGGCUAGAACGAUCUUAAAAAUUUCGGAAAUUUACCGGUUUGUUUUGCGUUUGUUCUUUUGUCAGUCCCAAGUGCUUGUUGACUAAAAACACCGCCUUUCUUUUCUCAAGAUUCACUUAAACGGAAAAUACCAUUGACACGGAGAAAAAUGGCAUAUUUUGACGUAAACAAUACAAGGUAAUUUGCGCAUCAAACUUCGUUUUCGCAAAUUCAUGACGACGUUUUCUCUCCCGCUAUUUGUACAACAGGUGUAAAAUAAACAAACACUCAAUGGCAGAAACUUCCUUCUUUUUAUCACCCACGUAGUAAAGAAAUAUGAAAAGCGAAUUUGGAUACCAAAGUUAUGGAUAUAUAGACGCCUGGAUUGUUGCGAUCCAGACUCAAAGGGACGGCGAUCGAGCGUGUCUUGACGUCAAUAGGAAGCCUAUUAUUGCUACUUUACUAGAAAGCCAUUAAUAUAAACCAUCUGCUUUCGAUUUAAGCGUUAUAAAAGACAAGCGAACAAACAACCCAUCAAUUCGUUUACGUUUACGUUUACCUCAUUGCAAGUCACUCUCACGAUGCAAGCUGGAACAAGUUUCUUCGACAACAACACCCCCCAAGUGGUUAUUCGAAGCCUUUUCGACAAGUACGAUAAAAGCGGAACCGGUACGCUAGACGCGCAAGAAUUGAAUGAACUUCUGCAGAAAGAUUUAGGCUUCAAGAAAGAACAAGCCAAUGUUUACUCCAUGCUGCUGGACAAAGACGGCGACCAGAACAUAUCAUUCGAGGAAUUUCUCGCCUGGCUGCGAAGUGGGGAACGUUUUACGAUGAUCAACGAUCAAAUACAAUUCAAGACUCUUUGCAAAGCAGUGGAAUUAUUCAAAACGUACGACAAAGAUAACAGCAAUGGUUUGAACCAGGAAGAACUGAAACAUUUACUCGUUUCUCUUGGGUACCACGACGUUGAUGCACAGAAGUUCUUUGAAUACCUCGACCAGCACAAAAAUGGGAAAAUUUCGUUCUGGGAGCUACUAAAGUGGCUGAAUUGGGUACCGAUGGAGUGA